GUGGCACAGUUGUUAUUGAACAGCAACAUGGUGGUAGCUCUGUUGGAGGGGGAGGGGCUAGACGGUUUAGACCCCGCCUCUUCUAACACGCCCCUUCACCUGGCAGCUCGCAAUGGACACAAAGACAUCAUCAGGUGAGAGGAGUGACUGUCCCGGACCGUGUAUGUGUGUGUGUGUGUGUGUGUUGUCAUUGCGUAACUGGGAUCUCCACCCCCGAACCCCAUAACCUCCAGGGUUUCUGACACGCUGUUAAUGAUUCCCAUCCUCCUUAAAUCACCACAUUCCCGGGAUAAGGCUUCCCUCCAUCCCUCUUACACAUUCUGCUGCUGUUGCGGAAUGUGGCUGCCAUAUUAUAUAUUGGGAAGAGAGAGAGAGACCGGGGGGGCACAGCUUUUCUACCUUCUCUACUACAUUUGGGCUACCGAGUGGCGCAGCGGUCUAAGGCACUGCAUCUCAGUGCUAGAGGCGUCACUACAGACCCUGGUUCGAUUCCAAGCUGUGUCACAAUCCGGCCGUGAUUGGGAGUCCCAUAGGGCGUCGUCCGGAUUUGGCCAGGGUAGGCCGUCAUUGUAAAUAAGAACUUGUUCUUGACUGACUUGCCUAGUUAAAAAAUAUUAAAUUAAAAAUUAAAAUACAGAUUUCUUCCACUUUAAGCUUUAUGGAUGCUUUUUGUUGUGGAUGGAGGGAUGGAAUAUCUGGUCAGCAGGAUAGAAGGUCUUAGAAAAUAGUCAGUUUGCAUCCUGCCUUUCACUUCAGCCCAAUGUGAUUAUUAAACCUCUUUUAAAGAUGCUGAGUUACCAGCUCUUCUUCUCUUUACUCCCCCCCCUCUCCUUUCAUCUCCUCUUCUCCUCCUCUCUCCCGGUCGCACUCCUCACCCUCCUCCUCCUCCCUCAUCUUAUCCGCUACCGUCCCCUCUCUCUCGCUACCCUCUACCGCCUCCCGCGCUACUCGCACCCUUCCCCUCCCUCCCUCCUCAUCUUACUCCUCUACCCGGGCCGUCCCUCCCUCUAUCUUACUCCCGACCCUUCCUCCUCCUCAUCUCUGUACUCCUCUACCCUUUCCUCCUCCUCUCCUCUAUCUUACUCCUCUACCCUUUCCUCCUCCUCUCCUCUAUCUUACUCCUCUACCCUUUCCUCCUCCUCUCCUCCUCUCCUCUAUCUUACUCCUCUACCCUUUCCUCCCCUCUCCUCUAUCUUACUCCUCUACCCUUUCCUCCUCCUCUCCUCCUCUCCUCUAUCUUACUCCUCUACCCUUUCCUCCUCCUCUCUUGUAUUCCAGUGUGGGAGUCUGAGAAUCAUCUCUCUGACAUUACCUCCCCAUACCAGGCAUUCGCAGGCUUGUGUCCCAAAUGGCACCCUAUUCCCCACAUAGUGCACAACUUUGGGUCCUGGUCAAAAGUAGUGUAUCAUGUAGGGAAUAGGGGUGCCAUUUGGGACGCAACCCCAGAUUUCCUCUUCCACACCCACAGCUGUCUGGAUCUGAUGCUCUAUGCAUUCCUACAGCUGGGCUCCUCUGUGUGUGUGUGUGUGUGUGUGUGUGUGUGUGUGUGUGUGUGUGUGUGUGUGUGUGUGUGUGUGUGUGUGUGUGUGGUCUGUACAGUAAUUUAUACGUGUGUUAAACUUCCUGUCUGUGUUUGUCUGUCUCAGGUUGCUGUUGAAGGCUGGUAUAGACAUCAACAGAACCACUAAGGCUGGGACCUCUCUGCACGAGGCUGCCCUCUACGGCAAGACUGAAGUAGUGUGUCUGCUGCUGGACGUAAGACCAACACUACCAUCUAACGCUCUAUACUGGCAUUCGUCCCAAAUGACACCCUAUUCCCCGUUUAGUGCACUACUUUUGACAAGGGGCCCUAGUAUAGUGAAUAGGGUGCUUUUUGGGACACAUACACUUAGCUAUCUCCUGAGGACCUUAAAACGUUAGUGUGUUUUUGCUUCACAUGACAAGGACAAAGGAGCUUAAUAUGAGCUAUUCUAUAGACGUCGCUAGAGUUGGCUGACACAGGAACCCAGACUAAGGAUUGAUUGAUAGUCGCACUCACAAGAGAAGUGCUGCACAGAGUGUGUUGUUUUUGAAAAGGGGAGAUGUUGAGAGUUGUUGUUCUUUAAUAAGGGAUGGGGUUGACACAUACACUAUAUAUAAAAAAGUAUGUGGACACACCUUCAAAUUGGUGGAUUUGGCUAAUUCAGCCACACCCGUUGCUGACAGGUGUAUAAAAUCGAGCACACAGCCAUGCAAUCUCCAUAGACAAACAUUGGCAGUAGAAUGGCCUUACUGAAGAGCUCAGUGACUUUCAGCGUGGCACUGUCAUAUGAUGCCACCUUUCUGACAAGUCAGUUAGUGAAAUUUCUGCCCUGCUAGAGCUGCCCCGGUCAACUGUAAGUGCUGUUAUUGUGAAGUGGAAACGUCUAGGAGCAACAACGGCUCAGCCACGAAGUGGUCAACAUGCGCAAUGCCGAGCGUCGUCUGGAGUGGUGUAAAGCUUGCCGCCAUUGGAUUCUGAAGCAGUGGAUAUGCGUUCUCUGGAGUGAUAAAUCACGCUUCACCAUCUGGCAGUCCGACGGACGAAUCUGGGUGUGGCGGAUGCCAGGAGAACGCUACCUGCCCGAAUGCAUGGUGCCAACUGUAAAGUUUGGUGGAGGAGGAAUAAUGAUCUGGGGCUGUUUUUCAUGGUUCGGGCUAGGCCCCUUAGUUCCAGUGAAGGUAAAUCUUAUAGCAGCAAAGAGGGGGACCAACUCCAUAUUAAUGCCCAUGAUUUUGGAAUGAGAUGUUCGACGAGCAGGUGUCCACAUACUUUUGGUCAUGUAGUGUAGCUUCAGUUGGGGUGUUAGAGACUAACUUUGUGUGUGUGUUUGCUUGCAUGCAUGUGUGUUAGAGCCUAACGGUGUGUGUGUGUGUGUGUGUGUGUGUGUGUGUGUGUGUGUGUGUGUGUGUGUGUGUGUGUGUGUGUGUGUGUGUGUGUGUGUGUCUGUCCAUUUAGGCUGGUAUUGAUGUGAACCUGCGUAACACCUACAACCAGACAGCUCUGGACAACGUCAACCAGUUCACCACCUCAUCAGCCAGCAAGGACAUCAAGAUAAUAUUACGA